AUGGGCGCGUUUCAGUCCAAACGCCCCUCGAGCGUCAUCGACGCCUGCGACACCUUCGACCAACUCCCGAGCGAGCCCCUACACGAUGGCACCGCUUUCGACUUCGCCUCCACGCGCGGCGGCGUCGUGCUCGUCGUCAACGUCGCGUCGUACUGCGGUUUGACGACGAAAAACUACGAAGAUUUCAAGCUCUUACAGGACAGAUUCGGUGACGACUUGACAAUCUUGGCGUUCCCGUGUAACGGGUUCAUGUUUCAAGAGCCUUUCGGGGCGAAAUCCGCGUGCGCGUUCGCGCGGAAGCGAGGGUUCAAGGGGAUGGUGUUUCAAAAGGUGAAGGUGAACGGGAGCGGCGCGAGCGAGACGUUCAAGUGGUUGAAGUCGCGCGCGGGGGUGAGACGAAUCGAGUGGAACUUUGGGAAGUUUCUGAUCGAUCGUGACGGGAAAGUACGGGGGUAUUACCCGCCGCAGACGCGACCGAGAGUGUUCGAGGGCGACGUCGAGGCACUGAUUGGUGAAAAGGCGACGGAGGCGCUCGCGUAG